ACACGCGCGCGCACGUUGAAAUGCAUCCAUAGGCAGCGUUUGUCAGGUCUUGGUCGCAGUCACUAGAUGGCCACUGUCCACCAUCCUUAAACGAGUGCAUUCAUUAUUUCUUUGACAGAGAAAUUGGACUGUGAAAGUUUGGUUUACUGAGCCAAGAGCAUUUUACGAUGGAAUUGAUGUAUCAGUCUUUUGUAUUUGGAUCUCAAGUGUCCAAGGUUGCGCCCAUCACUUGCAAAUUACCAGAAGAGAAAUGUAAGCGGCUCCGUGCUUUGCUGGGGACUGUGAAACUGUCUCUUCUCUACAAAGCUUCAGUUCAUGGAUAUAAAGCUUCUGCCUUCCACCAGAGAUGUGACCGUCAGGGUCCCACUUUACUUGUAGCCUACAACCGUUCAGGCUACAUCUUUGGUGGAUACACUAGUGUGGAUUAUGCUCGAAGCGGGCAGUAUGUUACCGAUCAGGAAGCUUUCCUGUUCAGCUUUCAAGGCAAGAUCCCUGUGUGCAUCAAAAUUAACAGUGGACAUUUUGCACGUUACGAUGACGCUGGAGGGCCCAACUUUGGUCAACAGCUGUACUUUUGCUACAAGAACCAGCCAGUUGUGUUAAAUCACAGAGGGAGUGCAUUCAGUGUUAAUACGGUGACAAUGUAUGGGAACGACACUCAGCUGACUGAAUGUGAGGUGUAUAAAGUGAAGCAGAUCCCUCAGAGCAGUGCCAUAAACAAGCAGUGGAGGAAUGUUCUGUGGACAGCUAAUCGAAGAGCAGAGCUCAUGGGAUUGAUCAGGAACCAUAAACCUGUGAUGCCGUCUGUGAGUCGUGCCCGAAUCCUAAUGAUCGGUCCUGUAGGAGCUGGAAAAUCCAGUUUCUUCAACUCCAUCAACUCCAUCUUCAUGGGCCGCAUUACCAGCAAAGCCAUAUCAGGAUCUGGAGGCACUAGCCUCACCACACAGUUUCGCACAUACCCAAUUGUGGACCAUCAUGAGGGAAAGCCGUUGCCAUUUGUGUUGUGUGACACCAUGGGACUCGAGGAUCAAUCAGGUGCAGGACUGGACAUUGAGGACAUCAGCAGCAUUCUUCAAGGACACGUACCUGACCGCUAUAAAUUCAACCCCAUGGUACCGUUUCAACACAAUGAGCGAAGGGUCUACACACCUGCAUCUCUUCAGGAGAAGAUCCACUGUGUGGUGUAUGUGAUAGACGCCACCAAAAUCUCCCUCAUGUCUGACAAACUACAGGAAAAACUUGCUUCCAUACGCAGAAAAGUGAACUUGCAAAGCAUCCCUCAGAUCGUCUUGAUGACAAAAAUAGAUGAAGCAUGUCCUCAUGUCCAGAAGGAUCUUCAAAGUGUUUAUGUCAGUUCCUACAUCAAGUCGAAGGUGCAGGAGGUGAGCUCUGGGUUGGGUGUGCCGGUGUCUUGUGUGUUACCGGUGAAGAACUACAGUCAGGAGCUGGAGCUGGAGCUCAACUGUGACGUCCUGCUGCUCACCGCUCUACAGCAGAUGCUCAACUUCGCAGACGACUAUCUGGAUGAUGCUGGUCGAGUGGAGCACGACUUCCUAUAAGUUGCCUCUGGUGGAAAAUUUUCUUUUGAGCCUGUUAACUCAGUUUUUUGUUUGAGUGCUAAUGAAUGAUUGCAUGAUGUUCAGUUGUAGUAUAUUUCUUUGUUUCUAUAAGCUAAAAAGUUUGGACAUUUUGUAAAAUAUAAAUAUUUCAUUACAGAAAGACACGAGUUAUUAAAUUGAACAUAUGUUAAAGCAAAAUGUGUUACAUCCA